UGCAGUUUGUUGUAAAAUUAAAGAAGCAACGUACAUUUUUGUCUAUGGUUUACCUCUUAUUUUUCAGAUUAUACUUAUUUUUCAAAUCGAGUGCGUUCAUUUGUUAUCAUAUGUGACUGACUUAAAGUAACUACAACGUUACAGUGGUUUAGCAUUUCAAUGAAAUGGAAAGUUAAGUAGAGAUAGAGUUGGAAAACAAGGAUUGAAUUGAGUAAAAGUAUGCAGGGAACAUCUCUUAAAUCAGAAGAAUGACAGGGCACUCGGAGGAAGAGGACACAUCUCAUUUUAUGAAAAAAAUUGAAGAAAAACAUGUAUCAUUUCCUCCAGAUGAGGAGAUGGUUUCUGCUUUUGUGGAGAGCCGUGAUGAGCUUCAAGAAGCUGACAGUCUUACUCUGACAGAUAUAAUUCUGGCCUAUAUUCAGAGCUGUGAGAAACACACGGUACCACCAAACCCAAAGGCUCUUGAUCAAAUAAAGGAAAUAACCUGUGUUACUGACAGAGCCAGGUGCCUUGACCUAUCUGGUGAGCGGUUAGAUUAUUGCUCCUGUGAGUCUCUCGAAGAGAUCCUGAAAUCAGUGCAAUUUGAUUUCAUCAGUCUGCGGGGGGCCGAGCUGGAGGAAAAUGGAGCAUCGUCUUUGCUGGAUAUGUUUUUGUACUAUGAAUCUGCUACACAUCUUGAUGUGUCCUCAAAUUCAGGCAUGGGGUUGUCGGGUUGGCUGUCACUGUCGCAUCUUCUCAAACAGAGCGGAUGCCUGUGGAGGCUGGAUGCUUGCAACAUGCCCAUGGUGGACUAUGCGGCGCAGGCUUUGUCAAAAGCCCUUCUCACCAGCAGGCUGACAGUGCUCUACCUCGAAAACUCCCGCCUCAGCGGAAAACCUCUCUUCACACUUGUUGGUGCUCUCAAAAGGAACGGCGCUUUGCAGCAGCUUUACCUCGGCGAAAACAACUUAAACGGCUACCAGGACUCAAUGCAACUUGGUGACCUGCUCAAAUUCAACAGCACUCUCAAAACCUUGGACCUAAGCAACAAUUCUAUAUCAGAUUCAGGUCUGGAGGAGAUUUGCGACGGUUUGAGCUUUCAGAAGACCGGUUUGAGAACGCUGACACUGAGUAACAAUCAAAUCACUCAUCUUGGAAUGAGCCAUCUACAGAACGUUCUGCCUUGCUUAAAAACGCUCGAAACAUUAAACCUUGGCAAAAACAACCUUGAGAACAGAGGCAUUCACAUGUUAAAAGAGUCCCUCAUGAUCAAUCGCUCUUUAUUGCAACUUGGCUUAGCAUCUACAGGAAUAACAUGCGAGGGUGCUGUGACGUUGGCUGAGAUCCUUGCUGAAAACCUACAGAUCCAGCGUCUGGACGUACGACACAACCAGGUGCUCGCUGGGGGGCUUAUGGCUCUGUCGCUGGCACUGAAGAUCAACCAUUCACUUAUAAGACUGGACCUGGACCACCACCUUAAAGAAGAGAAGGAGGAGUUUCUAAUCGACACGCAGAAGGUGCUACUAAGCAGGAUUUCUGAUCUGUGCGCAUCAAACGCGAUGGGUGCCAAAGACACGGCCCUGCGGGCCGCCGCUCCAGGUCCUCCAGCGAGACCACCCCUACACACCCCGACUCUUCUCCCCACCAAAACAGCCGACUAGAAGACAUAUAAGCGUAAUAAUUCUAUCGCAAAUAAUGAUAACCAUAAAACUCCAAAUCCUUGUAAUAAAGCCGAAGCCUCUCUCCCUAAUGAAACAGUGGCCCUCCUGCUGUUUGCCGUCUAAUGUUCCCGUUGAGGCUUCCUCCACUUUCCAUAAAGCAAUUUUGCAAGCCCACUCCCAACGUGAUUCAUCUAGAAAUGAAGAGAACUGCUUGGAAGCCUCUCUUUUCUCUCCCUCCAUCUCUCUUCACGUCCCUCGAGGGUGACUCUGACUAAAUCUGUGUUGAUACAUAGGUGCGCUCCAAAUCCUGUUUGCUCGGGUUCCAUCUUCCCUAAUAUUCACACUCGUGUAUGAGGCCCCUUCCCUGCGUCUGCUAAUGUAGCGUAUCGCCGUCCGCAUGACAAGACGACAUCGCCGAGCGCCUCAGACUCUCUCUCACAUGUAUCGUUUACCGGCGGCGGAGAGAAUCACAAUGUGUGGGAAGGAGAACAUAUGUUAAAUUUAAGAAGCUGAGAUCUACCUCUGCGCAGGGGCUUAGUUUACACGCGCCGUUCAACGGUAGCCAGCAACAAAGGAAUGUGUCACGGAGGAGAAACACAGAGGAAGCUUUGUACCCCCCUCCGUUUCUUAUGGUUUACAUUGUAAAUGCACAUGAAAAGGUGUUGUAUGAGAAAAUACAGGCGGCUUUUAUGAAACGUAGACGAAGAACCAUCUGCUGCCCAAGAAAUGUCUUAAAAUUAAGAAUUUGUUGGCGAGUCAAAAACAGCCUACAAUAAAUGUGAGCUUGUAAAUUAAAUUCUAGUUCCUUACUUGGGUUUGUAAUUACUGUAUGUGAGUUUUUUCUAUCAAUUAUAUUUAAUUUCUCAAACACAUGCAAUGAAUUUAUUAACAGUUAGUGGUGUUUGGCUAGUAAUUCUUCAAAUAAAAAUAGCAAACAUUUCUCCCAAAACUCAAAUAAGAAACUGUAAGAAGUGGAAAUUUUUCAUCACCAGCAUGCAUUGCAUAUUAAAGCCGUAAACAGUAUUCCACACCCCAGAUUUCUUUUCUAAGCAAAUCCCAAAAUUACUCAAAAAUGUCUUGAUUGACAGACGAGGGCGGAUAACUGUAUUUAGCCAGGGACGGUCUUUCCUCGUCUGCCGUGAUUUGGGUCUCAUGGAAGAUCGGCCCCCCGGUGUCUGCCCCCCUUCCACUCCCGGCACGGGGCAGGGGCAGAUUGACAGAACAGCAUGGAGGCAGCCACCGCUGUGCCAACAGCCCCCCCACGCUCUACCUGAUGUUUUUAACAAAGGCUUCCAUCUUACCCACUCCGCCGAACAUCGCCCAGCCAGCUUCAACCCACCCCGGCUCUGCAACAAACAGACUUUGAAACCCAAUCGCGAGGAUGUUUGGAACAUAUGCGCAGAUGCUCGGAGUGAUGCGGCCUGUACGGCUGUACUCAAAGAUAACAUGUCAAACAGUUUUAAAAAAUUGGACGGUUGUAAGUGAGACA